UUUUCUCACGUAAAAAAAAAAAAAAAUGAAUUCUGGGUAACAAAGUUGUGUGUCGUUAAUUGUGGUGAUUAAUUUGUCCAUUUAUAAUACAUACGUGAGCAAUCAGUUAUCCGGAAUAGAUUCACAUACACAUAAUAACGUAACCAACAAACCCUCUGAUUUUCAUUUAAUAUUUCAUUGUUUUAAUACCUAAAUGUUCGUUGUUUAAUUUAACACUAAAAUAUCGAUUUCUCAAGUCAAGUUAUAAAAAAACUAAUAUAGACACAUAUACACAUACUUAUAUAGUUGCACAUCAAUAUUUGUCUAAAUAGAUAGAUAAAAACUCGUAUAAAAACGCAGUUUAAUCUAGAACCGGACAAAAUAAUAUAUUUGUAAUUAAUAAAGUGUAUUGAACUAUUAUUUAAUAUUGUGUAACUGUCACCAUGAUUGAUCUAACUGUUAAGACUUUAGAUUCACAAAAUCAUACAUUUUCAGUUAAUGAUGAUAUAACAGUAAGGCAGUUUAAAGAACAUAUUGCUGAGACUGUAAACAUUCCCGACACUCUUCAAAGACUUAUUUACUGUGGGCGAGUUCUUCAAGAUGAAAAAUUACUCAACGAAUACGAUGUCAAUGGAAAAGUUAUACAUCUGGUCCAACGAGCCCCACCAUCGCUCAGCCAACGCAGCAGCAACAGUAACCAAAACCAUACCCAGAAUUCAAUCCCGGGCAGUGAAUGGCCACCGAUGCCUCGGAUACACUACCGUCAAGCCCAGUUUCACGGAAAUCCGAUGUACGUCAGCUCAGUUUCAUUCCCUGCUGAUGUUCUAGAAGGUUAUGAAUUACCAAUUCCCCAACUGAACACUUCAUUGACCAACCGCCACGUCUCUGUGAUCCGGCGCAUGCUGGACCAAGCGAACCGCAUAAUAGACCGCCUGGACAACCCGUCAAGCUCAGCAGACUCCGAAAGUGCAUCCUCAACUUCCCAGACUCCUCCACAAGCUCAACAAGAGCCAGCAGCAGAAAGCUCGUCAUCCGAGUCAGCAGUUACUGAAUCAAAACCUCCGACCCCGACUCCGAGCGCGUCGACCUCAACUCCAUCAGCGUCCACCGAGUCAAGCUCUACCAACGGUGCCCAGCCGGACGCUCUGAUUCCUCGUGACCUAGCAGAGCUUCUCGACAAGCUUCUCACUACUCAAGACCGUCUUCGUCCUUACAUCCGCGGUCUUCUUCAGAGCCCAACAUCCGAGGCCACCUCUUCGCCGGAAGAAAAUCAGCGCGAGUUAGACGGAGUUAACGAGUGCUUCCACUUCCUAUCUCACGCCCAGCACGCGCUCAGCAACCUGAAUGUCAACAUGCAGCAACCAGCACCGCGGACCUUGCGUUGCAGACCGAUCACCAUCCAGCCGUCGGCAAUCCUGCAAGCCGGCUUACCCAUUCAGGUCGAGGCUCACAUUAAUCUUCACGGCCAGGACGCUAAUUCCGACAGCGACGCUGCUAGUACCACCAAUGUCACUGCAAGUACCACCAAUUCUUCAACGAAUUCUACUCUCAGAGCCGAGCCAACCACCACCAGUGACACUUCUACACCUCCUUCGUCGGCAGAACGUCCAGCGGAAACAAAUCCCGCUGCUGCGGUCGCAGCAGCUGCUGCCGAUUCGCUCAGCUCGAUGUUCAAUUUUUCCAACAACGUCGAGGUCGUCAUGGAAAUGGGACCUCAGGCUCCAAGAGUCUGGACCUUCUCUACUGGAGAUCAAAACCAGAACAGCAGCAGUAGCAACAGCACCAAUAACAACAAUAAUAAUAAUAAUAACAAUAAUAAUAACGCAAGCACAGCAAACAAUAACAACAACAAUAAUAAUAAUAGCAGCAGCAACAUGACUAACGGAAGCGCCACCACUGGUACAAGCGGCAACGCUGGAGCUUUUCCUGGAGCUUUCCCUCCACCUUUGCCUGACAUAAUUCGCAAUGUGAUGCAAGCUGUUGCUGGGUACAUGGCUCAGACCAACGUCACUUCUUCGUCUAUUCCUGUUACUCAGUCGGUACCCACCACCACUCCAGGAACUGGAACCCCUCCGGGGUGUCUUCGUCAUCGAGGAGUCGCUGUUACUGUCGGAGAAACGACGCCGUCUUCUGGACAGAGCUCCCAAACUCGCGGAAGCACGGAAACUCACCCCACGACCUCGACACAAACUCGCACGACUCCCCGGACUCAUGUCAUUCAACACGCUCAAGCUCUCGGUCUUGGAGUUGGACUUGCUUCAUCGUCCAGUGUUGACUUUGAUCCUUUCUUACCUUGCAACUCGCAUCAUAUUAGACGUGGCCAGACUUCGACUACCAGCACCGCGGCCUCCACGCAAACUGGACAGGGAAUUGCUGAUGGAAGUCAACCCAGUCAGUCUUCUGCUGGAUCUUCUGCUAGGACUCGGCUGACCACUCUCGCUGGAGUUAUUAAUCCUGAUAAUAUUUUUAAUAACACUCCGCUUACUGACAGUCUUAACAACGCUGCAAUAAUGAGUAAUGACGAUCGACCAUUGUCAUUUAAUUCAGUGUUGCUGGGUCGAGGAAUUAAUAUCAUGCCUGAUAAUAUUUUAUCAACUGCUAGAUCAACUCAAGUACUCUUUUACAUUAUUUACGGCAUUUUGGGAAAAAUACCAAUGCAUUUGUGGAUAAACAUCGUAAAUGGUGAUACAAGUUCUCUGAGAAGUGUAAUGCAAGAAUUGCAAGAAAAGCUGCGCGCUCACUACCAGAACCGCGAAGAAUCCGAAAUUCCCGAUGCAGUUAUCGAGGAUGUCUUUGCGGAAAUCACCAACAUCCUAGACGAAGCCUUUCGCCUGCCUCAUAUAAAUUUCACCUUUUUUGGCAAUAGACCAAUAGAUUUAAGACAGACUGUCGAGAAUUUAAUUCGCAAACGCAUUAAAUCUAUCAUCCAAGCUAUUUUUAGCAACGCUGAUGAUACUGUUGAGACAGUUCUCCAACAGCUGAAUGAAUUUUGCAGUCACUUGGGAGCUAUAUUGCGCUAUUCAUUGCGUCGUGAUAUUGAUUUAUUAAAAAUGAAAUCGAGAUUUUCUAGAAUGAUUACGCACGGUUUCCCGAGAUUAUUACGUGAAUUUGUUUUUCAAACAAUAGAUAAUUUAUUCACUAAAUAUUCACGUCAAUCAGCGUUACCAUCGCAAUCAGAUAUUAUUCCAAUUCUUGUUCAUAAAAACGAUUUUAAUCCAAUGGCUGCAACUUCAUCUGCACUCAAUGAAAUACAAUCAUCAUCUGAACCGAUGGAUAUCGAUGUAUCCUCAAACGAACAAUCAUCAGACACGCUUUUAGAUAAUGAAGAAGUUCCUUCCACAUUCCCAGGUCACAAUAGUUUAAUACCGGACUGGGUACCAAUCAUCGCUCGAGACGGAAUCAGACAACGUAGACAAUUAGCGUUGGGUUUAUCAGACAACAGCGUGACGAGGUUGAGCGACGCGUACCUCGCUACUAUGCCCAGCAAACGCCGCAAAAUAGUCGAGCAGCAGAAGCCCUCAUUGCUCGUCAGCCCGUCGAGCAACAGCAAUUCCGUAGUAACAGCCUCGAUGGAACGUCUGGUGAGGGAGAGCAUUGGUCGCGCCGGUUCCGAGGAAGUCGACGGUGCCAUCUCAGCUCUGAUUGCUGAACCGACAGUAAGACGCGCAUUUGGCGAAGCGAUACGCGAGAGUCUUAAUCCGCGGAGAUACGAGACGCCUGAUUUUCCAGACGCUCUGCGUUUUCCCAACGCCACUAAAUUUUUCACUGAUCCAAAUACACCACCGAAGUAAUUGAAUUUAUUAAAAUGAUAUCACUAAUAUUAAUAUUAAUUGAUAACGUAAGACAUAACUUGCUUGUAAUGAUGGUUAUGGAUUGGUUUAUAUAAUUAUUUACUUUUUAUUAAUUAAUUAAAUAUGUAAUCAAUCAAUCGAUCAAUAGUUGGUUGACAAUUAAUCAAUGUAACACGUUUGUACGCGUGUUUAUUAAAUUAACUGUAAUGUUGCUAAAAUUUAAUAAAAUCUCUAGUGAAUAAAAA